AUGUCCAAUAAAACAUUGAUCCGUUUAGCAAUAUGUCAUAACAAAUACAUCUUGAUCCUCUUUCUUUCUUUUUGUGAAACAUUGACCACAUCAGGAAGGAUUGUCAUUCUUGGUUCCGGUUGGGCUGGAUUCAAGCUAAUGAGAGAGCUUAAUAAAGAAGAUUACAAUGUUUCCGUAGUCUCUCCAAGAAAUUAUUUUGUAUUUACACCCCUUCUUGCAAGCACAUCUGUUGGGACUCUCGAAUUUAGAUGCAUAACAGAGCCCGUGCGUGGGUAUUCAAAAGAUAUUGACUUUAUGCAAGCUCGAUGUGACAGAAUUGAUAUCGGCACCAAAUUUACGUUGGAUUAUGAUAAGCUUGUUAUCGGCGUUGGCUCCUACUCAAACACUUUUGGAAUCCCAGGCGUCAAAGAAUAUGGACACUUUUUAAAGGAUGUUAAUGACGCUAGAAGAAUCAGAAAGCGUGUCAUAGAAUGUUUUGAAUAUGCAUCUCAGUCUGGUCUAACAAGCAAGCAAAAGGAAGACAGGCUUCAUUUUGUGGUUGUAGGAGGAGGCCCAACUGGUAUCGAGUUUUCUGCCGAGCUAUAUGAUUUCAUUGCAUCUGAUAUGUCCAGACUCUAUCCAGACUUGAUGUCAAAGACACGAAUGACUCUUUAUGAUGUUGCACCACACAUCCUUGGGUCUUUUGAUACAAAUCUCUCUGAUUAUGCACACAAGAAGUUCAACAGAAAAGGCAUUCAGAUAAAAACACAGAGACAUGUUGAGAAAGUCGAAUCUGACCAUUUGGUUAUUCGUGAUGAAGGCAACGUUCCGUAUGGUCUCCUAGUCUGGUCUACUGGGUUAAUGCAGAACCCACUUGUUAAAUCACUCGAGAAUGUAGUAAUGGAUACAAAAAAACAAAGAAUCCUCACGGACUCGAAACUACGGGUGAUUGAUGAAACCACUCAGCAGCCAUAUCCAAAUGUUUAUGCUUUGGGAGACUGCGCGACUAUAAAAGACAACGAUCUUCCAGCUACAGCCCAAGUCUUUAAUAAGAUGGUGGUCCAUGGAUCUGAUAUGGAAGCGAAUUGCUUUGAAUUCAAGAAUCGAGGCAUGAUGGCAUACAUUGGAUCUUCAGAGGCACUUGUUGACAUGUCGUCUGUCCAUCAGCUAGCCAAAAAAUCUGGGCACCUUCCUUGGUUGUUAUGGAGAUCUGCUUAUUUCAGCAUGAGUAUGAGUCUCCGUAAUCGAAUGCUCAUCCCAUACCACUGGUUUCUCACAUGGUGUUUUGGUCGGGACAUCAGUCGAUUUUAA